GUCGAGCUCUGCAAACUCCUAAAUCGGAUCGUGGAUGCUUAUUCUGAUCCAGACAGAUGUAUCUCCGUGCUACUAAGAAGUCACUGAAUGUUCUCCACCUCCCUAUCUGGGUGUGUACAUGGAGGCGGUUUGGAGACAAAUGGUGCCAAUGGAUAUUUGCCCCUUGUGCAGAGUCCUGCUGCGCCUGGCUCAAUGUACAUGACCACUCUAUACGAGGUGGUUGUACGAUUGUGGUGAGGUGAUGUUUUGGGGAACAUUGUACUUAGGGCGACAAAUAUAAAUGUGGGCGAAUCAUGAAGAACGGUAUGUUGGCUUUCAUCUGCUGUCUAUUUACUCGAGUAACCACGAAGGCUGCACUACAACAAUGUCGACCAACUUCCACGCCCUCGUCUUCGGAGCAUCUGGUAUAUCGGGAUGGGCCCUGGUGAAAGAAGCUCUGAGCUAUCCCAGUCCCGCCACUUUCAGUCAGGUUACCGCCUUGUCCAAUCGACCCCUGUCGAUCUCAGAUGCCCAGUGGCCUAACGAUCCACGACUUCACCUGGCCAGCGGCAUUGAUCUCACUGCCACGGUCGACACUGUUGUUGAGGCGCUGAAGGAAAAGGUCUCGAACGUCGCCACUGUUACCCAUGUCUUCUUGUUUGUCUACCUUGACCCAGGGAAGGACAAAAAGACGCUCAAGGAAGUCAAUACCAACCUUAUCAAAACCGCGGUGGAGGCUGUGCAGAAGGUCUCGCCUAACAUCAAGAGCUUCAUCCUACAAACGGGAGGAAAGGCGUAUGGAGUGGAACGCCCGGAUGUCGUCAAAAUCGUGCCUCCGCUCAAAGAAACGUAUCCUCGCGUCCCGAAGCCGAUUGCGGACGACAUCUUCUACUACUCACAAUAUGAUGUUCUUGAUUCUCUGUCCAAGGGAGCCUCUUGGACCUUCACUGAAAUCCGGCCAGAUGCCAUGAUUGGGUUUGUGCCAGGGACUAACGUCAUGAAUAUGGCACAAGGCCUGGCCUUCUACCUCAGCCUGUAUCGCGAGGUCCAUGGAGCUGAGGCCAAGGUCCCAUAUCCCGGUGCCGAGCAUGGCUAUCGUCACAAACACACCGACACAUUUCAGGACAUUGCAGCAAAGAUGGAAAUCUAUGCGGCGUUGAACCCAGAGAAGUGCGGGUCUGGAAAGGCUUUCAAUGUGGCAAACGGCGACGUGGUGACCUGGGCUGAUGUAUGGCCUGGGAUUUGCGCUUACUUUGGCCUUGAAGGAAUUGGUCCUCAGGGCACUUUCGAACCACCAGCGGAGUUUGUGAAGAAGCACUCUGAAGCCUGGACCAACAUGGUCAAGAGAGAAGGCCUCAAAGCCAGUCGAUUGGACUUGUAUUACUGGCCUUUCAUGGACUUUUUGAUGGACAAGGCGUUCUUUGAUCGCCAAUACGACCUGAGCGCCGCCCGAGCCGUCGGAUUCAAGGAAACGAUUGAUACCGUCAAAGCCUAUGCGAUUGCUUUUGACAGAAUGAGAGCGGCCAAGAUCAUCCCAUAGGUAGGCAGAAGGACGAUAUGAUGGUAUGAAGCUGCUGGGGGCGGCUGACCGGCAUGUGUGCCUCAGCUUCCACGUCGGUCUUUCUCAACCGGCUAGCACUGUGAAAGUCACUCAUUCUACUCCGAAACAAGCACUCUCUUUGUGAAGGAAUAAAUCAAUCCAUCGGCCCGUUGUGGAAAGCAACAAGUUCAAGCUUCGCUGUUGGGGGCUCACCUCUAACUAUUCAAAAGACCAUGAUUUUGUCAUUACAUUUUAUUUCUCAAUGUGUUGAUAUGCUGUGACGUCACAGCCACUUUGUGCUGCUC